CCAAUUCGUUCCAUUCGUGUGACGUGACAGGCGGAAGCAAAGCGAAGCUUCCGAAGGGCUCCCCUCUCUUCGUGUCCCUUGCUCACAACAAUCAACAACAGCCCACGCACCCUUUUACAAUGUUCCUGCAAGGCGCAACAAGCUCAUCCUUCCCCAGAUGCUGCACAAUUCGCAAAGACAGCAUUGCUCCAAUGAUUCCUCAACAGAGCGUGAGACGAGUUGCCAGUGAUGAUCCUACCUUACAAGCUUCUCCAGGCGACCUUCCCGUUGCCGAGUUUGUAACUGAAGUCCAAGAUCAACCCAUACCGGAACAACCACAACAGGGCAGCGACGAUUGCACAAUUCAAGUCGUAGAUGUCGUCCCAGACUAUACCGAUGAUGGCUUCAGUACGCCCUCAGCUCGAAGCUUUGUGACGGAAGAAAACCAAGUUGCCAACAGCAACCUCCGAGCGGCGCCCAACACCAUCACGGGGGAUGAACUGCUGUUCCGAUUGAAGCAGCACCGAAAGAAGGCAACGAUGCGGAGCGGAGUCAUUGGCGGUGUCAUAGGCAUGAUAUUCUUGGGACCCAUUGGUGCUCUUGGUGUUGGUGCAGGAUCAGCCAUCUUCACGAAGUGCAAACUGAAAAGAAAAGAGAAAUCUCUUCGAUUGCAACUGCAAGGUCGCCUAGAUGAACCACUCCGCGUCUUUUCCAGUGUUCAUACCCAUUGCUACCAUAGUCAAGGAUGAAUUGACUAGCUACAAAUCCAUCCACUUGUAAGAGUUACUUAUAGUAAGAUCUGUACUCUGGCAGAUAUGCUUCAAUGUAUGCAUACCCGUACAUAUGCAUUUGUGUGACAGGGCG